AUGCGCUUCUCCAACGUUGCUACCGCCGCCCUGGUGGCUCCUCUUGUCGCCGCUCACGGAGGAGUCCCGGGUGCUCCCAAGCUUUUUGGUCUUCCUCGCCACCUCCAGGACGAACUCAAGGCCCCUGUUGCUGCUCGCACUCUUCGACACUCUUCUGAGCCCCGACACGGGCUUUUGGAGACCCGUCAAGGCGGCCAGAAUGGUCGCUGUGGACCCAGCUUUGCAAACGCAAAGUGUGCUGCCGGCUACUGCUGCUCUGGUGCUGGAUAUUGCGGAACCAGCAAGGACCAUUGCUCAGCACCGGAUUGCUUGAUCGAUUUCGGCCCGGCUUGCGAUGCCAACAAGACUCCUAGCGGUGCCUCUACCCGCAACGAUGCUCGUCCUCAGAAGGGCAAUGUCCCUUACGGUGGCGAGGGCAUCUAUGUCUGCCAGAAGCCAGGAACUGUCGCUAUUACUUAUGACGAUGGUCCUUACAUUUACACGGACCGUGUCCUAGACCAAUUUAAACAAUACGGUUUCAAGGCUACCUUCUUCGUUACCGGUAUUAACAUCGGAAAAGGAGCUAUUGACACUACCACUCAGUGGGCCAAUGUCAUCAAGCGCAUGGUUGCUGAGGGCCACCAAGUCGCAUCUCACACUUGGUCGCACCAAGAUCUUAGCGUCAUCACUGAAGAGCAGCGCUAUGAUCAGAUGGUCAAGAACGAAAUGGCCAUCAGGAACAUCAUCGGAAAGUACCCGACGUACAUGCGCCCCCCUUACUCAUCCUGCAAUGCCGCAUGCCAGGGUGUGAUGAAGAAGCUCGGAUACGUCAUCAGCUACUUUGACUUGGAUACCGAUGACUACAACCAACUCAAGAACAUCCAAGUCGCCAAGGACAACUUCAAGCGCAUCCUCGACUCCACUGCCGGCGGCCCAACCACUGGUGACCGUCUGGCCAUUGCCCACGACAUCCACGAGCAAACCGCCCUCAACCUCACUGGCUACAUGCUCGAGUACCUCAAGUCCAAGGGCUACCGCGGUGUCACCAUGGGCGAGUGCAUGGGCGAGCCCGAAGCAAACUGGUACCGCAAGACCGGCGAGACCGUAACCCCCCCAUCCAACGGCGGCGGCAACACCGGCGGCACCCCCAUCUCCACCGACGGCCAAUGCGGCUCCGGCAAGGGCACCUGUGCCGGCUCUGCCUUUGGCAACUGCUGCUCCUCCUUCGGCUGGUGCGGCAGCACCGACGGCCACUGCAAAACUGGCUGCAACUCUGCCUUUGGCACUUGCACCGGCGGCAGCACUUCGCCCUCCACGCCUGUUUCUACCGACGGCCAAUGCGGAGCAAAGGGCUUCGGCGCUACCUGCCAGGGCUCCUCGUUUGGUAACUGCUGCUCGCAGUUUGGAUGGUGUGGUAGCUCCCAGGACCACUGUGGUGCGGGCUGCGAUAAGACAUCUGGUACUUGCAACUAA